AUGCCACCUUUAGCCUGUGAAUUAAAUCGUUUCCUGUUGACAUCAUCUAAUCAUCCCAGGUGGAACAAAAGUAGAUACUGCCAAAAUCACAGAAGUCUGGAUCAUAGAUGGCUGUAUCACAUCUUUUUAUUGAUGUCAUGUUUGCCACUUUUUGCUGAGUCUGCUACCUUCAGAAUUGGUAUUGUGGGCCCUUGGAAUUGUGACCCAAUUUUUUCUAAAGCUCUCCCUGGUGUAGCAGCAAAGCUUGCAAUAGACAGAAUCAACAAAGAUGCAUCUCUGAACAGGGGCUACUGGUUCGACUUUGUUUUGCUUACAGAGGAGUGUCACACUGCCAGAGCUUUGUCUACAUUUAUUGGUUUUGAAGGCCAGGCUGCCGGCUUUAUUGGCCCACUGAAUCCUGGUAUUUGUACUGCUGUGGGCCUUCUUGGUAGUCAGUGGAAUAAGCCUAUUUUUUCCUGGGGUUGUUUAAAUCCUGCUAUGGAUGUUAGUGGAUUUCCUACAUUUGCAAGACCACUACCCUUUCCUACAAGUAUUCUGUUUUGUGUGCUCAGAAACUUCAGGUGGGCGCAUGUUGCUAUUGUGACAUCAGAUCAAGAUUUUUGGGUAGAAACUGGUCAGGAACUGGCAAAUUCACUUCGCAGCUUUGGUCUUCCUGUCAAUAUAUUGACUCAUAUGGAGGCAGAUGGCAGAGGAGCGGAAGCAGCACUGAAACUCAUCCAGAGAUCACACAAUGUACGAGUUGUUGUUAUGUGCAUGCACUCAGUUCUGAUUGGUGGUGAGGAACAGAAAAUCCUACUAGAGAAAGCUGAAGAAAUGGAGAUGACUGAUGGGAGCUUUGUCUUCAUGCCAUAUGACACCCUGCACUAUAGCCUUCCUUAUAAGGGCAUUUCCUACUCUAUCUUAACAAACAACACCAAGUUACAAAAAGCCUAUGAUGCAGUGCUAACAGUCACAGUGGAAUCUGAAGGGAAGACAUUUAAUGAUGCCUUCAAAGAGGCCCAAAGCAGCUAUGAAUUUCGAGGCCAGUGGGAUUCAAGCCAGGUUUAUCCAUUAUUUGGUACCAUCUACAAUGCUAUAUACUACUUGGCGAAGGCAGUGGAAAGCAGCCGUCGAGAGGCAAGGUGGGCUUCUGGUACUAACAUUGUCCACUACACAAAAGACCUUGAAAUUCAGGGCUUUAACCAGAAGCUGUGGUCAGAUGAACAAGGAGAGCUUCUCACCAGUUAUGUGGUUCUUGACACAGAUGGAAGAGGGAAUGAGAUGCAAGCUACUCAUGUCAUCAACACUGCAACUGGCUCCCUAAAACCCACAGGCAGUGGGGUGCACUUCCCACAUGGUAACACUCCGGGUACUGAUGCUAACUGCUGGUUUGAUCCCAAAACUGUCUGUGCUGGAGGAGUAGAUCCUCUGUUUGUUCUUCUCCUCUUCAUCCUAAUUUCUGGUUUCAUCAUGAGUGCUGUGGGCCUUGCACUGUUUCUCAGACGUCGUAUCCUGCAGAUUCAGCUAGUGAGGGGACCUAACAAGCUUAUUCUGACAACUGAAGACUUGGUCUUUAUUAAUGCACACUUGAGCAAAAAGAAAUUAAUUGAUGAAAGAAUCAGCACUAGUGGGAGAAGUCUGUCUGAUCUGAAGAGCACUAAAACACCUUACCACUCUGUCUCAGGGAAAAGUCUAACAACAGCCACAGCAGAGACCUCCAAUGUGGCAGUGUUUGAGGGAGACUGGGUCUGGCUGAAAAAACUGCCAGGUGCCAAACACCACGAAAUUAGGCAAUCUACAAAAAAUAUCUUCUGCAAGCUGAGGGAUAUGAGACAUGAAAAUGUGAAUCUCUUCCUUGGAUUGUUCCAUGACUAUGGAGUCUUAGCAGUAGUUACAGAACACUGUUCCAGAGGCAGUCUUGAAGAUUUGAUCCACAAUGAAGAUAUCAAACUUGAUUGGAUGUUUAAAUCUUCACUUUUGCUCGAUCUGAUAAAGGGCAUGAAGUAUUUGCAUCACCGAGAAUUGAUCCAUGGCCGGUUAAAAUCUCGUAAUUGUGUAGUAGAUGGACGAUUUGUUCUAAAGGUCACAGAUCAUGGCUACAGUGAGCUGCUGGAAGCACAGAAAGUUCCGCGCUCUGAGUUCAGAAAUGAAGAGCUAUUAUGGACAGCUCCAGAAAUUUUGAGAGACAUGACCAUGGAGCGGAAAGGGACGUUCCGUGCUGACGUCUAUAGUUUCUCUAUCAUCAUGCAGGAGGUGAUUGUUCGGGGCACUCCAUUUUGUAUGUUGGAACUACCUGCUGUUGAAAUUAUUAAGAAAGUCCGAAAGCCACCUCCUCUUUGCCGUCCCUCAGUAUCGGUGGACCAGGCCCCUAUGGAAUGUAUCCAGUUAAUGAAGCAGUGCUGGAGUGAACUGCCAGAGAGAAGACCAACAUUUGACUACAUCUUUGAUCAAUUCAAAAACAUUAAUAAGGGAAAGAAGACCAACAUUAUUGACUCCAUGCUUAGGAUGUUGGAACAAUAUUCAAGCAACUUGGAGGACCUGAUCCGAGAGCGUACAGAGGAGCUGGAGAUUGAGAAGCAGAAAACUGACAAGCUACUGACCCAGAUGCUUCCCCCUUCAGUUGCUGAGGCGCUGAAGACAGGAGCACCAGUGGAGCCAGAGUAUUUUGAUCAGGUGACUCUGUACUUUAGCGAUAUUGUUGGAUUCACUACCAUCUCGGCAAUGAGUGAGCCAAUUGAAGUAGUCGACCUACUGAAUGACCUCUACACUUUGUUUGAUGCCAUAAUUGGUUCUCAUGAUGUAUAUAAGGUAGAAACUAUUGGAGAUGCAUAUAUGGUGGCCUCAGGCCUCCCAAAACACAAUGGAAACCGCCAUGCUGCAGAAAUUGCCAACAUGUCACUAGAUAUCCUCAGCUCUGUGGGCUCCUUUAAAAUGAGACACAUGUCAGAGGUUGCUGUCAAAAUACGGAUAGGACUGCAUUCAGGUCAGACUCAGAUCAAUAAUGGGCUCACAAGAUUCAGCACAUUUAACCCACCUUUAAAUCCAUUGCUAAAAUUAUUUGAAGACUUGGUAGAGAGAGACAUAAGAGACUUCUGUUUGAACAAGUCUCACAUUCCAUCUGGCAACUUUAGACAAGAGCUUAGUCAAUUGGGCAAGGGAGUGGAAGACACGUACUGGCUCAUAGGCAAAGAAGGUUUUAACAAACCCCUUCCGACACCACCUGACAUCCUGACAGGAGCCAGUAACCAUGGCAUCAGUCUGAGUGAGAUACCAGAAGAACGGAGAAGAAAACUAGAGAAAGCACAGGACAUAGUGGAAAAUCAGAAGAAGAAGAAGAAGUAACAAG